AUGCCUCCAAAGAAAGCAGCUACCGAAGAGACCAAGAACAAUGUCGUCGCCUUUGGCCGCGUCCGAAAGAAUCUCAAGAUGGGGUGUGUUGGCCUCCCGAACGUGGGGAAGAGCUCACUUUUCAAUCUUCUGACUGAGCAGAGUGCUGCCGCGGAAAACUAUCCGUUCUGUACGAUUGAGCCUAACGAGGCGAGAUGUGCUGUUCCAGAUGCGAGAUAUGACUUCCUGUGCGAUAUCUGGAGACCACCGUCCAUGUACCCCGCGUACCUUCAGGUAACAGAUAUUGCUGGUCUCAUCAAAGGAGCGUCUCAAGGCGAAGGCCUCGGGAACGCUUUCUUAUCCCAUAUUCAAGCUGUGGAUGGAAUGUUCCACAUCGUGCGGGCAUUCGACAAUGAUGAGGUGUUGCACGUUGAUGAUUCCAUUGAUCCUACGAGGGAUUUGAGCAAGUUCUUCUGCUCUCUAUCCUUCUUUGAACUUUGCAAGAAAGAUCUAGACAUUCUGGCUAAAACCAUUAUUUCCGAGGAAGCAACUGUCAGGAAAGCGGGUGGCAAGUUCAAGAUGAACCCGUUGUUCCCAAGCACUACCACAAAGAUCAAGGCGAUGUUGGAACAAGAUAAACCAGUCCGAGACGGUACUUGGACCUCUGCCGAAAUCGAGCUGAUCAAUGAAAAGAUGUCACUUAUUACAACGAAGCCCGUGAUCUACCUUGUCAAUCUUACCAUGAAGGACUACAUCAGGCAAAAAUCCAAGUACCUCCCCCACAUCGCAAAGUGGGUCACUGAACAUGGUGGGCUCCCUCGAGAUGUGAUUCCCUUCUCGGUAGAAUUCGAAGAGAAAAUCCACUCUUUCAAAGACGAUCCUGCCGCACUAGAGGCAUUCAUGAAGGAUAUCAAAGUAAAGAGUCGAUUGGAGAAGAUCAUUACUGAAGGGUUCACGAAGCUGGGACUGCAGUAUUACUUUACAGCCGGCGAGAAGGAAAUUCGAUGCUGGACGAUUCCACGCGGUUGUCUUGCCCCCCAGGCCGCUGGAGCCAUCCACGGUGAUUUCGAACGCGGUUUCAUCAAAGCCGAGGUCGUGGCUUACCAAGACUUCCACGAUUUGUGCGAGGGUGCGAAGAGCAUGGCGCCCAUCAAAGCCGCUGGAAAGUACCGUCAAGAGGGAAAGACAUAUACUGUGCAGGAUGGGGAUAUCAUUCAUUUCCAAUUCAAUGUUGCGCCUAAGAAGUAG